UAAAUUUAGAAUCUCUCUCUAAUCCCUCUCCCUCUCUCUCUCUCUCUCUCUCUCUCUCUCUCUCGCUUUGCUUACGGAGGAAUCUUAUGGCGGAAAAAGGCACACCUCUACCAAAGUUUGGUGAGUGGGAUGUGAAUGACCCUGCUUCUGCUGAAGGAUUUACUGUCAUUUUCAAUAAAGCUAGAGAUGAGAAGAAGACCGGUGGGAACGCACGAGGACCAGAUUCACCUGCGAAGGAGGAGCACGCAUUGAAGAAUGGGCCAUAUGCUACCAAGACUAAUUCGAAAAAGUGGUUUUGCUGCAUGCAAGCUACUCAGGCGGAAUCCUAAACGUUAAGGGCUUCCUUAAACUAUAAUACUAAUGAUAUUUCUCAAGGGUUUAAAAAGAAAAAAAAAAAAAAAAAAAAGAGAAACAUUAUCUAUGAUGCGGUAGCAUGUGCGGUUGAAAUUUGCUUUUGAGUCAGUGUGGUUGAAGGUGAAAUGAUGCGAGAUGGGGGGUCGAUGGAGAGCGUGGAGGAUCGACGGACUAUUUAAUGUAAAUGAUUACGUAUUCGGUAAGUUGUCAUAAACUACUACUCGUCUUUAUAGUGUAGUUGUUGUUUGUUUUUUGUUUUUUUUUGUUCUCUCUGCAAUUUCAAUCAGCCAGUACAAAUUUGCAAGAAGAAUGUAUGUCAUCAUGAGAGGGCCAAUAUGACUUGUUGAACUUGAAUAAUAGCUUAUAAGAUUCUUCAAUGUUACGGUGCGAACGACGAUGUUUGUAACUCGCCAGGUGUUCGGGUGGGUAUGUUCUUACAUGAACUCCGCCGCAUCUGCGAGUAUGAUGUUUGAUCUUAUUUGCCGAUAACUGAUUCCUAGAUUCCUGUUA